AAUCUAAUAAUAUGUCCAAUAAAUGUAAAAUCCAAGUUUCAGUAUGUUUACAUGGAUUUUCUCUGGAUUGAAUUUGUGAGCCUUUGCCUAACAGCUUUCUAUACAGCUGUAUUCUCUAAUCCGUGUACGAAUUACGUCACUCUGUCGGGUGAAGUCAAGAGAUCUUCUGCCUACAUUCUACCAAAUGCCUCAGCGACUGCCAUCUGUGACACUUUCCUAGAGGAGAAAUGGUACAGAAUAAACAGCACAGUGGGUAACGAUAUCGUACAGACAUGUCAAAGUAUGACCCACUGUGGCACAAUGUUCCCGUUAUGGAUGAAUGGAACGUUGCCUCUUGUUUCUGACGGUGAAGUGGAUCGGAUGGUAUGUCAAAGUGGUAUUCUUGGAUGUUGUGAGAUUUCACUUACCAUAAAAGUGCGUAAUUGUGGGACAUUUUACGUUUACUUUCUCAGAAAACCUUCUGGAUGUCCUGUAUCUUAUUGUUUUGGUACACAUCCUAUAAACUCAACAGAUGAAACAAUUAUACAAACAACAGAUGAAACAACUAUACAAACAACAGAUGCCUAUACUACUGAUUUUAUACAAUCGACAACAAAACCGAACGAGUCAUCCAUAAGCAUUGCAAAAGAUGUUGAUUCUGGCAGUAAUUAUGUCGAGAUUGUCUUUAUUGUACUUGGAGUUGUGUUGGGAGUCCGCUUGCCUGUCAUCGUUAUAGUGUUUUAUAUCUGGAAUCGUCAAAAAAAGCAGUCGAGGGUUGAUUCAUUACACAAUAAUCACUCAAAUGAAGGAGAAAACUACUUGCCAUCUGAAAAUGCUUACCAAACAUCAGAUAUGAACACCAAUGAAGAUGAAAACUACUUAUUUGCUCCUGAAAAUGUUUUAAGAACACCGGAGAAUCCAGAUCUGCCUCGAGAGGAAAUAGCCCUAUCAAUGGUUGAUGUCUCCAGUAGCAUAUUAAAUUUACCUAAAUGCAUUGAGCCCAGGAAACAAAGAAUUCGGAAAUCAAUAUUAAGAAUAGAAUCUGUAAAUGAAAAUACCAUUUCCAUUAACCAAGUAAAUUCUAAAUAA